UAUUCACUUUAAUUGCGCUUUCUAUACGCUUUCUAUGCUCUUUUCUCAAUUUUCGUUUCUUUUAUGGUGCAUUGCUAUGUUAACUGGAGUGCAAAGAGUGCACUACAGUGCAACUAAAGACCAAACGUCUUCCAAUACACAUUAUGAGUGCAUUAUGAAAUUUUUGUGCAUGUAUAUGAGAAAACUGCAACUUUUCACAAUUAAUGUACACUUUACACUGCAUUACGAUUAUUUUUUAACGCGUGCAACUUUCCGUUUUUGUUGAUUACUCAUAAACGUUAAGAGAUAAUUAUGAUAAGUCAGGAAAGAAAUGCACAUACAAAGUUUACAUGUGUAAGCCUUUUCCAUAAGAGCUCUGUUAAUUGAGUCUCGAAUAAAAUUUUAAUUUUGCAUACAACCAAGAUCUAAAGCUCCAAACAAGAUGAUGAGUUCUUAUAAGAAAGUUGUGAUUAUUUUAAUUUUUGGUGUAAUUAUAACACUUUUUGGCGUAUUCACAGGAUCAUAUUGGCCUUUUAUAUAUAAUUGGACCAUUCUAAAAGUUUUGACAUUAACACCAACAUCUGUGAGUUAUAACAUGUGGCAAGAAACACCUAUUCCAAUGUAUUUAAAGUUUUACAUGUUCAAUUGGACUAAUCCAGAUGAGUUUAUUGCUUCGAAUGUGAAACCAAAUUUUGUGGAAAUGGGACCUUAUGUUUUUCGGGAAAUUGAUUAUAAGGUAAACCAGACGUGGAAUGACAAUGGGACUGUAACAUUUCAAAGGAAGAAAGUUUGGUUCUUCGAGGAGUCAUUGUCUGGUGGCAGUUUGUCUGACAAGAUAACCAACUUAAAUCCAAUAGCUGCAACCGUUGCAUUUUCUGCGAGAAAUAAGACCAGGUUUUUGCGUGAGUUGACUGAGCAACUUAUGGUAACUUUAGGAGAACAAAUAGUAUUAACUAAAAGUGUAAACGCCCUGUUAUUUGAUGGAUUCAACGACACAUUGCUGCGCAUUGCAAAGAAAUUAAACGCAACCACUCUACCUUAUACCAAGUUUGCAUGGUUUUAUGCGAGGAAUGGCUCGGACAGUUAUGACGGCACAUUUAAUAUGCUCACUGGGUCAUCUAACUUGUAUGAAUUAGGACAAGUUAAAGAAUGGAAUUUUGAUGAUAAAUCGAGUUAUUACAAGGGUUCGUGUGGCGCAAUAAAAGGAACGAAUGGCGAUUUGUGGCCACCUUUGUUGAAUAAUAGCACUGUAUCCAUAUUUAUUAAUGAUAUCUGCACAUCCUUGAACUUAGUGUACGAAAAUGAAACGACAUUUCAAGGUUUAACUGGCAGAAAGUAUAUCGGGGACGAUAAGAUGUUAGAUAACGGUAACAAUGUUGCAUCAAGGAAGUGUUAUUGUCCUGACGAGGACUGCGGACCUAGCGGGACAUUAAAUAUUUCAAACUGUAAAUUUGGUGCACCGGCUUUCGUUAGUAUGCCACACUUUUAUUUAGCAGAUUCGAGUUAUAGAGACGCUAUAACGGGAAUGAAACCCAGUCGAGAGAAACAUGAACUUUCGAUAGUUAUCGAACCGACUACAGGUAUCCCGAUGCAAGUUAAGGCGCAACUGCAAUUAAACUUGCUAUUAGAACCAGUCGAAUAUAUGAGAAUGUUCCAGAAUCUAACAAGAACUUACAUUCCGAUGCUUUGGUUCACUCAAGAAGCUAAUUUAACUGCCAAUUAUGCGAGUAUGGUUAAGGUAGUUCUGAUUCUUCCAUCGUUGGGCGCUGUAACGUGUUUUGGUAUAGCAGGCAUCGGGAUUUUGAUACUUUUCAUCGGAAUUUUUAUUUUUAUCCGAAAUAAAUGGCGACGUGAGGAAAGCCAGGUAUUGUUGUCCAAACAGGAAGACGAUGUUACAGAUAGAGCCGACGCAUGGCUUCCUAUUUUUUUACGUCCAAAAUCGUAACAAAGAUAAGACUGUACUUGAUUGUCUUAUGAAUAUUCAAGGGGAUACGGUUAAUGUACUGCAAGUGCAAUAUAUUAACACAUAAAAGUGCCUAAUCAUUAACGUAGUUGAAUUAGUACUUAUUAAUAAUACACGUAAUUUAUAUAGUCAAUAAGAUAUAGUAGUAAACUGAAAAAGAGAAUUGGAUUUAUUUCUAAACUCAAAAUUAAUAAAUAUGCGAGAAAACAAUCUUUGAACAUCGUAGACCAUCUUUCUAGAGUUAAAGAUGUGUAUAUAUAUAAUUUUAAAAUACAACAAAACACUAUAUUAUUAGUAAUAGAUACUUCGCCAGAUAUAUAGCUAUUACAUACCAACGAUAAUAAAAUACAAUUGAAUAAAACUAUAAACGAUGCUCUGUUAAUGAAAUUAAAAAUUAUUAUCACUCUUUACAGAAGAGGUUUGUUAUUGUAUAGAAAAUGAAGUAAUUUUAUAUAAGUAAUCUUUUCAUAAUAUUUAAAUGUAUAAUAUAUAUUAUUUGAUUAUUGAUUUUUCCGUUUGUUGCGUAGUAAAGAAAAUUACCACUUGAAAAAUCGCAUUAUUAGCGUCACUUUCACUUUGCUUAGAAUAUAAAAAAUUAUAAUUAUACAAUCUCUGAAUGUGUGUUUGAUUCACUAAAUUCGUUCAGUAAUUUAUGUACAAUGAGCAUUUUUAUUGAAAAUUAUAUGCUGAAAAUUUUGAUUAUACUUGCGAUUUAUAUUAGCUAUUUUAUAUAUCAAGAAAUUAUAUUAUUUUUUACAUAUUAUUACAUUUGAAAUUACUGGUAUAAUAAUCAAAUUAUAUCCACAUUAGAGAUCACAAUAACACAUCGGAUACAGAAAUCUUAAGAAACACAUUAGUUAGUAACGAAAUAAUACAAAUAUCUUACGUGAAAUAAUUAAGGGAUCUAUUCAAGCGGAAGCUCCUGAAGGUCAAUCGAUGAAUAAAAUCUAAUUGAUAUAUAGCGAACACUUCAUAUCAUGCUAUAAUUUCUGCAAGUUUUUGUGCAACAAGAUAUAUUGUAUUUUAAUGCGGCUGCACAUACACACAAAUACACCACAUAACGUAAUACACACACACACACACACAUUUCAAUAUUUGUUGUAAAUCCUAAAUAUCUGUGAUACUCAAUAGUGGAGAUGUAAGCGUGCGUGAAAAAAUAUAUAUAACUGUUUUAUCGAAA